AUGUCUCAAGCCGAUUUUGUGUCCUCCUUUCUUUGCCAAACACCCCCUUCAACCAGAUUUACUUCUCCCACAACAUCCCCUCCUACUCUUGCCUUCUACUUUUUCCAGAUCUGGUUUCUCCAUUGGGAUAUACCAACUACUUCUCUAAGCGCUUUGUCGCAUCAUUAUCGGAUUGUAUAUAGAGCUCUUGCUACGGUUCUAGCUUUGGUGCUUGCACCAAUACUCUCCACUCCCUUGAUUUCAAUCAUUUGGUAUAUACCAUGCAUGUGUUGUGAUUGGUUGUUGUUUUUUUCUUGGUGCACAAGUAGACUCGGGUGUGAAGUAGAAGUGACUCUUGGAGGAAUGUUCUUGUGCUAA